AAAUACAAUGCCGACGCAUCCAUUGCUCUCAUCGGCAUUCGCGGCACAGGAAUGUCCACGUUGGCAGUGAUAGCCUCAAGCGCCCUCGGAUUUAGACUGAUCGACGCCGACCACCACUUCUACCAAGUCACUGCACUCUCGCGCGCCGCGUAUAAGUCGGCCCAUGGGGUCGCAAAGUAUCGACGAGAAGAGCUAAAGCUCAUGCGCUCUAUGCUUCUCGAUAACCAAACCAGGGCUGUCAUCGUCUGUGGGCCCGGUGUCGUGGAGGGAACUGGCCAGGCAUGGCUCGCAGAAUACGCCCAGAGCCAUCCCAUCAUCUACAUAAUGAGAGAUGCAGAGUGUAUCGAAAAGCAUCUUCGUGUCUGGGACACCGAAACAAUUUCCCGUCUCGCGCGUCUAAGUGGACCAACCCACCGAAACUUGUCCAACUUUGAGUUCUACAACCUCUCCAAUCCGUCUUCAGGGGAUUCCAACCAGACAUCUCCGUCCGGUCAGCAAUCCCCCCGGUCACUGGCCUUGAAGCAACUCGAGGUCGAUUUUAUCCACCUAUUAUAUGCCAUCACCCGGCGAACCGAAGCCCAUGAAGCCCGCCACAGCCUCUCAGUCUUGCCACCCGAAUCGAGAUUCUUCACUUAUGCGCUGUCAUUGCCAAUUUCCAUUCCAGACAGCGUUAGCCACAGCCUAGGAAGAGGUGACAUGGCAGCAGAUGCAAUAGAGCUAGUCUUGUCUCCGUUAGACGUGGCAGAGAAACUGGACAAUUCUGCGGCGAAUUACAUCACUCGGCAAUUCUGGACGACCAAAAGAAACCUCCAACUUCCCAUCAUCUUUCAUGUCAAGUCAGCUGAGAUUAGGCCUCGGUACCCCGAUUCUCCGACUGACGGUUUUGAUACGGAACAAGCUUACUUUGAACUUCUUCACCAUGGCCUCCGUCUUGCCCCAGAGUACCUGUCCGUCAAUCUCCUAUCCAACGACCAGAGAAUCCUUGAUCUCGUUGCCGCGAAAGGUCCCACGAAAAUUAUAGGCGAUUAUUUCGACUCCGAUGCCGCUCAGCGCGGGUGGGAUCAUCCGGUACGCAAGAAUAUGAUACGGAGAGCCGAGGCGCUUAGCUGUGACCUCGUUCGACUGCGCCAGGAGGCGGCCUCCCUGGAGGACAACUUCUUAGUCCAGAAGUUCGUCCAAAACAUCAGAAGUUCGGAAGACUACCAGAUCCCAUUGAUCGCCUAUAACACGGGUCGCCUAGGGAGAACCUCAUGCUUCCUCAAUACAAUUCUGAGCCCAGUCACGCAUCCACUGCUGCGUUCAGUCGCACCCGAAUGCGCCCCUACGUCACUCGUCACGGUUCAAGAGGCCCAAAAUGCCCUGUACUCUUCUUUCAUCUUAGACAAGGUCUACUUUGGCAUCUAUGGUGCGAAUGUGGCACAGAGUCUGUCGCCUGCGAUGCAUAACGCCGGCUUCAAAUUUUACGGAAUGCCGCACAACUAUCGCAUUUUCCAGCACCAAACCUUAGAUCAUCUCCAAGAACUGAUCAAAGACCCCAAAUUUAGCGGCGCCAGUAUCACAGCGCCAUUUAAGCGCGAUGUAAUCCCGCUUAUUGAUAAAAUAAGCCCUGAGGCCCAGGCCAUUGGAGCUGUGAAUACUUUGCUGCCACUCCGUUCCACAGAUGCGAACGCGUUGUUGAUUCGUAACCGCGCUGGGCCAGCUGUGGCCGUGUAUGGCGACAACACUGACUGGAUAGGAAUUCACGUUUGUAUUCGACGGAAUCUGUCACCAAUCAAUGCGGUUAGGCGUCGAACAACCGCACUCAUCAUCGGUGCUGGAGGAAUGGCUCGAGCAGCGAUCUAUGCACUCAUACGUCUCGGCGUUCGAACCGUGUUUAUCUACAACCGUACCCAACAUAACGCGGCCGAACUCGCACGCCAGUUCCAAAACUGGCCGUUCCAGGAGAAUUCGGGCAAAGGAAGUGAGUUGGGAACGGCGGGUUCACGGAAUGUUGGAAGCCCUGACCCUGCGACCGACAACCUCACGAUCCGAGUCAUUCCGUCCAAGGAUGAUCUCUGGCCAGCGGAUGCCAACCACCCAACAAUAAUUGUCUCAUGUAUAGCGACUCCAGAAAUCUAUGGCAAGAGCUUCGUAGAUACAAGCUUGCCAAGCACCUGGCUCGCGAGUCCAACAGGAGGAGUUGCCAUCGAGUUGAGUUACACGCCGCUGAAAACACCAUUACUUAAUCAGAUUAACGAACUCAAGGAGGAAGGCUGGAUAGCAGUCGACGGCCUGCAAGUACUUCCGGAGCAGGGUGUCUUGCAAUUCGAGCUUUUUACUGGGAGGAAGCCGCCACGGGAGCUGAUGAGGAGAGAGGUUUUCCGCGCCUACCAGAAUCGAACAUCAAGUGAGACGGGACACGUAAUUCACGAAUCCCUUUCUCCUCUGGGGAGAUUUUUAGACGAGGAGAGGUCUAAUCCGAUACUGUAAAUUAAUGACUGCAUCUCGGUUCACUCCCAAACCGUGAACCAAUGCCAAACUUGUAUAUUAUUAACAGC